UUUGACGGCCGCGAAUUUGUUAAUUUUAUAUUUAUUUAUUUAUAUCGUAUCUAAAGUUCGUUAUAGCAUGACAGUUUGGUGAAGAAAAAUUGUGUUGUGUUUUGUUUAUUGGAAGAAUAAUUUAGACUUGUGUUUAGUUUUGGCCGUUUUGGAUCAGUGCGGGUGCAAAAUGAAGAUCGUAUUAGCGUGUACAAUGCUGUUAGCCGUUGCCAUAGCGGAGCCGCCUGUAGAUAAUAGAUACCUGCCGCCCCAGCAAGGCGGCUAUCGAACCACCAAUCAGGACAGCUUCGCGCCGCCCGCCCAGACCUACGGCGCGCCCGCCCCAGGAGUGCAGAGGCAGACUGAUGCUGUGUUCAGAUCUCAGAACCGUCCAUCCUCAUCGUACGGAACCCCCGCGCAGGCCCGGCGCCCGUCCAACCAGUACGGAACCCCUGCACGACAGAGCCAGAGCAGGCCAUCAGCACAAUAUGGAGCGCCAUCUCGGCAGCAAAACGCUCCGUCCAACCAGUAUAACGCACCAUCAAGCCAGUACAACGCCCCAUCCAGCCAGUAUAACGCACCAUCAAGCCAGUACAACGCUCCGUCUAGCCAGUACAGCGCACCGUCUAGCCAGUACAGCGCACCGUCUAGCCAGUACAGCACACCGUCUAGCCAGUACAGCGCACCGUCUAGCCAGUACAACGCUCCGUCCAGCCAGUACAACGCACCGGAGCCUUCGCAACAAUAUGGUGCCCCGUCUCAGCAAUACUCCGCCCCAUCUCAGCAGUAUGGCCCACCUGGCUCUGGCUCAGGCCGCCUCGGCUCAGGCUCAGGCCAAGCCCAGUCCAGACAGUACCUGCCUCCUAACGCAAGGAGUAAUGGUUAUGAUGGUAGCGACGGAGAGGGCAAUGGGGAGCCAGCCAACUACAGCUUUGACUACAAAGUCCAGGAUGACGAGUCUGGCAACGACUUUGGACACCGCGAGUCCCGGAUGGGAGAUAGGACCGAGGGACUCUACUAUGUGCUGUUGCCCGAUGGCAGGAAACAGACGGUAGAAUACGAGGCAGACCAAGAUGGCUACCGCCCCAAGAUCUCUUACGAAGACACCGGCCGCGGGCAAGGAGGCUACGACAGAAACAGCCAGGACCUGUCAGCUAGCGGCUACCAAGGAGGAUCCGGCCCUUACUAACACUUAUGUGACCUCUUUGCUGAUAGAUUCGGUAGUUUGCAUUUUUCUCAACGGUGCUUUAGUUCUUUCCAGCCAGUGCUUAUUUCUGUUUUGUUUUUGUGUUUGGAGUUUUAUGCGUUUUAUGUGUUAUGCUUAUUCUGAGAUCUCUUGCUUUUGUAUGGUUUUUAUUUUAAUAAUACUUGUAUGUCUUUGAUUGACCUAAUUAAUGGAAUCUAUAUCUGUGAUUUUAAUAUAAUAUUUAAUCCAUCUUGUCAUCAUAUAUUGCCUACAUAAAAUAUUAUUAUAACGACACUUUAAGCAUUUAUAUAUUUUAUAUUCUAUAUACAAUUUUUCAAGCCUUGUGCCAUUAUUUUUUGCUCUUCUUCUUCAUUAUACUCGUAGAUAAUCGACAACCGUGGCCAUGUAAAAGGAUUUUUGUAUCAUAUAACAUUUAAUCUAUUAACAUUAUGUAUAGUUUAAGUCAGUAUUUCAUAGCAUAAAAUAUGUAUAGCCUUUACAUACCUACAUAUUAUAUACUAUACUCAUAGUUGUAUAAUUUAUGAUUAUGGUCAGUAUUACUUUGUAGUUCUUCAUUAUGUAUCUGUAUCUCAUACUAGGUACUCAAAGUAAAUGAAUAAUACUCACUAGAUAAAUACAUAACUUCGAUACAUUACUGUUAAUAUUAUACUCUGCCUUGUAA